GGGUGAAAGUUCACCAGCAUGGCUCUCACGGAUCAGGUGACAAUGUGGGAAAGUUGGAUACCGCACGCGGCUUGAAACCAAACCAAAAGCAAGGCAAAGGGAGGAGAAGUGCAAGCAUGUCGCGGGAGGUGGUUGCAGCCGCGCCGAGCGUGCAGGAGGAGCAGGACGCAGCCCUGGGGUACUACGACGACGAAGACGACGACCUGGAGGCGUUUUCAGACGCGGAGCUGGGCUGUGAGGACGGAGUGUUGGGCUUCAGCGACUCUCUGGCCGGAGAGGUCCGACCCCGGAUACUGCUGAUGGGCCUGAGGAGGAGCGGGAAGUCCUCCAUCCAGAAGGUGGUUUUCCAUAAAAUGUCGCCCAACGAGACCCUGUUCUUGGAGAGCACCAAUAAGAUCUGCCGAGAAGACGUCUCCAGCAGCUCCUUCGUCAGCUUCCAGAUCUGGGACUUCCCAGGCCAGAUCGACUUCUUCGACCCCACCUUUGACUACGAGAUGAUCUUCAAAGGCACCGGAGCGCUAAUCUUUGUCAUCGACUCACAGGAUGACUAUGUGGAGGCUCUGAGCAGGCUGCACCUCACAGUCACCCGGGCGUACAAAGUCAACCCGGAAAUCAACUUCGAGGUGUUCAUUCACAAAGUGGACGGCCUGUCGAAUGACCAUAAGAUCGAGAAGCAGAGGGACAUCCACAAACGAGCCAACGAUGACCUGGCAGAUGCAGGCCUGGAAAGAAUACACCUGAGCUUCUAUUUAACCAGCAUAUACGAUCACUCAAUAUUCGAGGCUUUCAGUAAAGUGGUCCAGAAGCUUAUUCCACAGCUCCCAACGCUGGAAAACCUGCUCAACAUCUUCAUAUCUAACUCAGGCGUUGAGAAGGCCUUCCUGUUCGACGUGGUCAGUAAGAUCUACAUCGCCACCGACAGCAGUCCAGUGGACAUGCAGACAUAUGAGCUGUGUUGUGACAUGAUCGAUGUGGUCAUUGACAUCUCCUGCAUCUAUGGCCUGACGGACAGUGAAGCAGGUUUACCUUAUGACGAGGAGUCUAUGGCCAUCAUCCACCUGAACAACACCACAGUCAUGUACCUGAAGGAGGUCACCAAGUUCCUCGCCAUGGUCUGCUUCCUCCGCAAGGAAAGCUUUGACAGAAAAGGACUGAUUGACUACAAUUUCCACUGCUUCAAGCAAGCCAUCCAGGAGGUUUUUGAUGUCCGAGUAAAGGUUCAACAGAAUCGUAAACUUCUCAGUCAGAGAAGGUGGAGCAAACUGACUAUGAUCAACGGAGAACUCGGAAACACCCACUAAAGACUGAUGACGUCACAGCAAAUAUGCUUGAGCUGCACAUUCAACAAAUCCACGAGACUCCGUCCUCCUUCAGAGGGGCACAUCAGAUUUUUUUUUGUCUUGCUGGGAGUCGUUUAGUCUCUUCAAUCCACAGCUACACCAAUCGGCAUCGUCUCUGUUAACACAGUCUCACUCC